CAGCACUGACAAUUUAGCCGGUGUUGACACCUGUCAUUUCAUUUCCUUCACAGUUUGGAAGAUGAAGUCUUGUUUUAUAUGGUGCAGACUGAGCAGCCAAUCUUCAUAGAAUCGUGAUUGAAACAUUUUAUUUGGCAAAGAUUUCGGAAUGUAAUUAUUGUAAUUUAUUCCACAGUAGCUGAUGAUCUACUACCAGUUCAGAUUAAAGGCGACACUGACACUCUGAAUAAACGACUAAUGUUAUUUAAUGUAAUUGUCAUUUUUUCACAGUGGCUGAUGGCCUAACCACUACUGGUGCAGCCUCGAUGAAUAAAUCAUCUAUUUUCAUUUUGUUUCAUCUUUGAUGCCGUCCUUCGACACCAUGCCGCUUCAAAAUAUAAAGGUGGAACCGAUGAAAGCGACGUCGACCACUGAGAAAACCGCAAUACCCUCCAUCGACCAGGAGAUGAUCGCCAUGAAACGGAAGGGGGAUCCAAGGUCGUACAACGACCGGAUGUCUUGGCUCGCCGUUUUUUACAAGUUAAUUCCCGACGGGAUAGGAGUGGCUGGUUUACGCUACGCCUUCAAUCCACGGGAGAUCAGAAUAAGAAGAUCAAUGUGGCUUCUUCUCGUGCUCAUCGCUUUCUGUUUCACCAGCUACCAGAUCGUAGAUAGGAUCUUGUAUUUUGCAUCCCAUCCGAAGGACGUUGACAUCAACAUCGAGUACAGACAUGAGGUUCCUUUUCCUUCCGUCGCUAUCUGCAACAUCAACAUAUUCAGGAGAGGGGCAGUCAAUGGAACAGUCUUUGAGGACUUUCUAGCCGAUCUGUUCUUCAACGGUACAUCUGUAAACAUGACAAAAUACCGAGAUGAGUUAGAGCAGUACGAAAUGACUGAGACGUUUCGAGAAAUGGGGCAUGACGUCGAAAUGACAAUAAAAGAUUUUUACUGGAGCGGCUUGGAAUUGUCCCUCGACAAUUUUACCAUGAGAAACACGGAAGCGGGUGUGUGCAUCGUUUUCAACGAUAUUGACAAUGGAUUCCCACAGUUGAUGGCCAGCGGUAACGGACCAAGAAACGGUUUGUAUCUGAAGUUGAAAGCCUCUCAGGAUGACUACUACUUUCAUCCCUUUCAAAUGAUUACCGCUGGAUUUCAGGUCCUACUCUACGACUACGGCACUGAACCUGUGAUUGAGAGGGGUUCUUUCGGCAUCGCCGUUGGGAUGGAAACACAUGUUGCAGUCGAUAUUACAGAAUACUAUAACCUCCCGAGACCUCAUGGACUUUGUGAAAACAAAACCCUGAAGUACUUUGACACCUACGGAUAUUCGGAGUGCGCUCUGGAAUGCGCAUCGGAGUUCAUCCUCGAGCGGUGCAACUGCAAUAUUCUAUCCAUGAACACCCCCGCACGAGAAUGUAACGCGUAUGAAUUCUUCAAUUGCAUUAACCCUAGUUUUGGUGACUAUGUCAAAGAACGGUAUGAAGCAUCCUGUCAUUGCCCGGUCCCAUGCUUUAUUCGUGAAUAUUCCUCGUCUGUAUCAAUCUUAACCUCCCCGUCCCAGCAUUGGUCUACAUACUCGGCCCCUCAGUUUGGCGUGUCUCCAGAAUAUUUUAGGAAUAAUAUCUGUUCACUUGUGAUAUUCAUGAAAGACCUGAGCGUUGAAACUAUCUCGCAACAGAUUAAAUACCCGUUCUUCAGUUUGUUAUGUGAUAUUGGCGGUUCCCUUGGUCUCUGGCUAGGUGGAAGUAUUCUAACUGUGUUUGAAGUAUUCGAUCUGUUCAGCAUGUCAACAUACGUCUACUCAAAGAUGAACCAUCGGAGAUGAUAUACUGAGACAAUAUGAGCUGAAAACACAUUGUCCCGGAAAGGAACCCGUUUGAAGCACUGUUUUGCAUGGAAGAAAGUUAUUAAGAGGAUACUUUUGUCAGUAAUUAAAUUAAUGCUAACGCGAUUUGGGGGAUUAAGACCUUGAAACGGGACAUUGGCACUGUCUUAUUGGCCCGUAUUCAGGUUUAACUUAGACCACGGUCUAACACUGUGCUAAAAUUAUAGGGAGCCAAAAAUCUAAAAAAUUCUGCUUAUAUUGUUUAUUUAUUAUAUCUACAAUUUUGUUUCCCUUUGCUUUCAUAAGGAAGGAAAUAGUUCAAUUUAUCAUCCUGAGAGAGUU